UUGGAGGACGUCUGUCAACAGCAAACAGCCAGAAUAUCUCAAGACGUGUCUUCUUUAGGGUCUCCAGAACCUAAAACUCCAAAGGAUUUUUCGCAGUAUUUCUGUGACAUUCGCCUGGAUCCAAACACUGCACACAAAUGCCUCAUCCUGACAGAAAAGGACAGAAAAGCUUCAUUUUCAUAUGAAGUCCAGAGAUCAUAUGAUCAUCCAGAGCAAUUUGACUGUUUUCCUAAUGUCCUGUGUAGAGAGGGCUUGUAUGGUCGCUGUUACUGGGAGCUUGAGUGCAGUGGGAACAACUGGUCUGUAGCAGUUUCCUACAGAGGAAUUGGUCGUAAAGGACAAAGUAAUGACUGCAGACUUGGGUUUAAUAACAAGUCCUGGAGACUGACCCACUGUGAUCAUGUUUUCUAUGUCAGACAUGAUGAUAAACAAGUCCAUCUCUCUCCUUUCCAUUCCUCUAGAAUAGGAGUGUAUCUGGAUCACAGAGCAGGAACUCUGUCCUUCUACAGCGUCUCUGACACAAUGACUCUACUACACAGAGUCCAGACCACUUUCACUGAACCCCUCUACCCUGCAUUUGGGAUUUUAGAAGGAUUUAUCAGGAUCAUAGGGCAGAGGAGAAUUCUCAAAUCCCACAAAUAAAAGACAAGCAAAAUUUCCUAAACUCACUAUGUUCUUGUGUACUCUGUACGAUUAAACCCAAGACUGCAGUUCAUCAUUAAGACAAAUGGUGUCAACUUUAGCUUGUCAAUUCGUUUUCAUUUUUGUGUGAACUGAUUCUCAAAGUAAAGCCUUCUGCUGUGACUUUGCUAUUGUGGUUCUGAAUCAUGAUUUUCUAUUUAUUUAUUUAUUUAUUUUUGUUGGUGAGGGUUUAUAUAAACAAAUAUAACCUCUGUGUAUUGUCUUUAUAUGUUUGUAUUAUACCCUGCAUGAGCAUAUUAUUAGGGCAUGUAAAUGCGUACUUCACAUUUGCAUUCUGCCUUCUUAUGGGAAGCAAUUAUAGCAUAUACAGUAUAAUGAACAGUGUUGGGGAAAGUUACUUUUAAAAGUAAU